AUGCCCAAGAGGAAGACUACGUCCGAAGACGCGCCUGUCAAGGACCACAAGAUGCGCGACGAUGACGAGUCAAGCAGCGAUGACGAAGACAUGAUUGACGUCGAUUUCGAAUGGUUCGACCCCCAACCCGCCGUCGAUUUCCACGGCCUCAAAACACUCCUCCGCCAGCUUCUCGAUGUCGACAACGAACUCUUCAACCUCUCGGCCCUCGCAGACCUCAUCCUCGAACAACCCAUGCUCGGCAGCACUGUAAAAGUCGACGGCAACGAGAGUGACCCCUACGCAUUCCUCACAAUCCUGAACCUCGCCCAACACAAGGACAAGCCCAUCAUCCAAGAGCUCACGACUUACCUCUCCCGCAAAGCCGCAACCGUGCCUAGCUUAUCCUCACUACCGUCCCUUCUCGCCGCAGACUCGAAGGCAGAAGUCGGUCUGAUUCUUACCGAACGCUUCAUCAACAUGCCCUCGGAAAUCGUCACACCAAUGUACACCAUGCUGCAAGAAGAGAUUCAAUGGGCCAUUGACGAAAAGGAGCCUUACAACUUCACCCACUACCUCAUCCUGUCAAAAACCUACACCGAGGUAGAGUCAAAACUGGAUGCUCAAGAGAACAGACCGCAAAAGAAGGGCAAGAAGCAAGAGGAUACCAUGACUUUCUACUUCCACCCCGAGGACGAGGCAUUGCACAGAUAUGGUGUGGGUCACGGUAACUUUGACCAUGACAAGGUUGCAGAGGACGGUGCUAGUGAUGCAAAGAGAGCUUUCCAGGAGGCGGGUAUUAGACCACAGGGACAUCUCAUCCUCAUCGAGGCUGCAAAGUUCAACGAUGCCAUCAAGGGUGUCGGCGAGUACUUGUCUGGCAACUAG